AUGAAACUACUGAAAAACGCAAAACAAAAACCACACUAAUCAUGUGCAAUAAAAUUUGAGAGCAGAGGCAAUAACAAUAAGAAUAACAGCAACAGUACCAGCAGCAGCAGAAGUAAGCAGAAAUAUGAACGUUAUGCGUAAGCUGCGUGGCGCGGCAAGCGCUGGCAGUGGCAGCGCAUCGGGCAGCACCAGUAGCAACAGCAAUGCCAGUCAAAGCGGCAGUGCUCCCAAUGGGCGCAGCGGCGAGGAAGCAUUGCUUGAUGCACGCAUCCAAAUGAGUCUGGCCACACUGAAGAAGCUCUUCAACGAGUACACGCAUCCCAAGGAGCCGCUCAGCGAAAACGAACGCGAUGGCAAACUCUAUGAAAUGUUGCCAUUGUUCUGCAAAGUGUUUAGCAGCUGCCCUGCAAAUGAUAUGAGCGAAAAGUUUUGGGAUGUGGUCGCCUUUUGCCAGCAGGUCUCCCGUCUGAUGGUCAGCGAGAUUCGCAAACGUGCAUCGAAUCAGAGCACCGAGGCUGCAUCCAUAGCCAUCGUCAAGUUUCUCGAGGUGGAAACAACGGAGGACACCAGCAGCGGUUGGUUACUGCUCGCUACACUGAAUCUUCUAGCCAACGGCGAUAUCUCUCUUAUACAGGUCAUGACAGCUGCCGCAGUGCCCUCAACUCUGGUCAAGUGUUUGUAUUUGUUCUUCGAUCUGCCCGAAGUGGAGGAUGAUGAGCCGCCCGCGGAUGGUGCGAGUGCCAGCGAUUUCAAUGCCCAGGAGCGUCGAACAUUGCUGCAAAAGGUGUUUGUGCAGUUGCUGGUGAAACUGUGCUCGUAUCCGUAUCCGGCCGAGGAGCUUGCACGUAUGGAUGAUCUAACGCUACUAUUCUCCGCCAUCACUUCACCAUGCCCCGCUCAAAAUAUUGUGUGGCGCAAGAAUGCGGCAGAGAUAUUGACCACCAUCUCAAGGCAUGGCUUAACCGAUGCCGUUGUUACCUAUAUACAUUCCAAGGGCUGCAUGGCGCUGUGCGUAGACAACAUGCAACGUUUGACAUUUGGCAAUCCGCUGGAAAUAGUCGAAAUGUUUGUCACCGUCUUUUGCUUUCUCAAGGAUUCUAGUCAAGUAUCACAGGUACUAAUGGACGACUUUCGCGCCUCCCAGGGCUACGUAUUUCUCAGUGACUUUUUGCUCAAAUUCGAUAAUGCACGCAGUCAAACGCUAGAAAUCCAGGCGGCUAUACGCAAUCUGGUUCUGAUGAUCUCAUCGCUAUGCAUGUGCGGUUUCUACGAGCUGCGUCCCCCAUCCGCCCAGUUUAAUACGGUUUUCAAACUGCAGAAUUUCCAGCUGCCCCAGGCCAGUUCACGCGAGACCUGUGUGCGCAACGUGUACGCAUUUCAGGUGCUGCAGACUGUCUUUCUCAGAUCGACAACGCCCGCUCUGUGCUGCACCAUACUGGAUGCCAUUUCGCGUGUGUAUCACUCGGAGAAUGCCAAUUAUUUUAUACUCGAAUCGGAAAAUACGUUGAGUAGUUUUGCGGAACGCAUUCAUCAGAAGAGUCCACAGAUACAGGAGAAGUUCUAUGAUCUGCUUGAGUUUAUAGUAUUUCAGUUGAACUUUGUACCCUGUAAGGAGCUCAUCAGUUUGUCGCUACUGCUCAAGCACAAUCAAAGUACCUCAUGCAGCAUUCUGUGCCUCAAGACGCUGCUCAACAUAUUGCGCCACAAUAGCGUGUUCAAGGACGUCUAUCGCGAGGUGGGCAUACUGGAGAUCCUUGUUACCUGCCUGAAUCACUAUGCGGAUUAUGUGCGGAAAAUAACCAAUGGUGACGAAUUCAUUGUAGUUCAACCAAUAACCGAGGAACAGGAGGAUCUGCUCGAUACGUUGGGCAAGCAUGUGAUGGAGGCGCUCACAAUGCUGCUUGGCAGUGGCGCCAGCAAUAAUGCGCAAAUCUUCCGCGAAUACGGCGGCGCCAAGUGCACCCACGAGCUGGUCAAAUUCAAGCAUUGCCGCCCACAGGCUCUGGGCAUCGUACGGGAGCUGAUACUCUCCGCUGGUGGAGAUGACGACAUGCUCUACAUACUCUCACUGAUGCACAGCAUCAGUCCGCAUCAGGUGGAGUUUAAAAUCCAGAUACUCAAUAUGCUGUUGGGUUGCCUGAAGGACUCGCAUCGCACACGCACCGUUUUCCGCAAAGUUGGUGGCUUCGUCUAUCUGACCAGCGUGUUUGUCUCACUGGAUGGCAGCAUGGCUCAGCCACAGACGACCAUUGCCCAACAGGAUCUCAUACUCUUGCUGCAGAUCGUCUGCCAGACGCUGGCCACCGCCAUGCGCUUUGAGCCGGCGAAUGCCAAGUUCUUUCAUCAGGAGAUCUGCAACAGUUCGCUGUGCGACACGUUGCGUCUCUUGGGCUGCUUUGGUAGCGACACAGCGCUGCAAGACUUCACCGGAACCUAUGAGCCGCAACAGACACUACUCAAAUACUACCAUGACGUUUUCAGCGGCGAUAUAUUGAGUUUCAGCUUCUCCGAGGACAUACCCAGUUUACUGUCCUAUGUAUGUGUGGUGUUUCGGCUGCUGUACAGCAUUGCCUUGGACAACUUUGAGUCACCGAAUUUGAACGGUGUGAUAACGCUCUUCAGUGAGACAGCGCCACACUCACGUUCGCCCAGCAAGGAGCUGGCGGCGCCAGCGCAUCCCAGUCAACUCAAUCUGACACAACCCACACCAGAACCACGCAUUGUGCAUCCGGGCGUUGUUCUAUGCAUGCUAAAACUGCUGCCAGGCGUGCAACAUGAAACGUCUCCGCUGCAGGCGAUACAGCUACAGGUGUACCUAAGCGAGAUCAUCAAGUCGCUGGUGCGCAGCGAACGCAAUCAGCAGAUAAUGUGCGAUCACGGGCUGGCCGAGCAGCUGCUGAGCCUGACGCGACGAGCGCUGGCCGAGGAACUGCAUCCGCUGCACGUGCCCAUGCAAUAUAUACUGGAGCGUCUGGCGGCGCAGGCGCUGCAGCCGACGGAAUUGCGUCAAUUUUUGCGUCUCGGCGAGCCGCUGUCCUGCGCAGACAUUGAUCUGCAGCAGCCGUAUCGACAGGGCGGUCCGGUGCCACUGACGCGCAUCAAGACGCUGGUCUCGAUGACAACGCCGCGCGAUUUUCGUGCCCAUGGUUCUAGCACGCUGCCGCCAUUUGUCGAAUUGGAUAUGUCGGCUGAAGGAUUUGGCUGUCUCUAUCUACCAUCGCUGGCACCGCAAGCCACUGCAACAGCUGGCGGCACCAUCGAUGCGAAUACGAUUGGCGGUAUCGGUGCCGGUGAUCGCAUCUUUCCACCGCAAACCGGACUCAGCUAUUCGACGUGGUUUUGUGUGGAGAAGUUUUCCGAUCCCAAGACAGAUCCGCAUUGUGUGCGUCUUCUCACGCUCGUGCGCACCAUUCACAAUCCACGUGAGGAGAAUUUGGCCUGCUUGUCCAUACUACUCUCAGCUAGGGAUAAGGCUAUUGUGGUCUCCACACAGGAGACGCUAGUUACGCCCAGGAAAAGCAUUGGCGAUUGGGAGCCGGAGGGCUCUGAUGAUGGCAUUGCCCGCAUCUGGUGUCCAGAUCUGUUGCACGAGGGUCAAUGGCACAAUCUUGUCGUCGUGCUCAAUCGUGCAGUUCUCAAGAAUUCCAGUCUGUCGCUCUACUUGGAUGGUGUGCCCAUGCAUACGCAAAAGCUGCACUACAUUGCCCAGCAUCCGGGCGCCAGUAGCGCCAAUCUCACCUCAGCCACCCAAAUCUUUGGCUACAUUGGUACGCCACCCAUCUGGCGUCGUUAUUCGCGCUUGUGCUGGAAGCAAGGUGUCUGCCAUCUGCUGGAAGAUGUGCUCACCCAGCAGACGGUGCAGACCAUCUAUCAGCUGGGGCCGCAUUACAUGGGCUCGCUGCAGGCGCCACAGCUGGGCAAACAGGCGGAACCACUGGCGCCGCUGGUGCCCGAGGAUCGUGUUCUGCUUGGCCUGAAUGCGAAGGCAGUGUCCAAGCUGACGCUUGUCAAGAUACGCAAGGUGUACAGUCGGGCGGACAACAAGAGCAUUGCCAAGCAGCUCAACAUGAAUUCACAUGAGAACGCCACGCCCAUCAAAAUCCUUCACAAUUCGGCUGGUCACUUGGCCGGUGCUGGCCGAUCGCUUGGCGGCGUUGUUGUUGGCUAUUUAGGCGUGCGAGUUUUUAGUCCGCAUCCAGUUUCGGCAAUGAUUGACACCGUCGGUGGCUGCAAUGUGCUGCUUGGGAUUAUUGCCAUGGCGCAGGAUGUGGAGUCGCUAUAUGCGGGUGUCAAGGCGCUGACCUGUGUGGUGCGCAGCAAUCGUGCGGCCCAAGCGGAAAUGGAUCGCAAGCGUUGCUAUCAGACCCUGGGCAUGUUCUUCAAGAAGAAGAAACAUCUGCUGAACUCACACAUACUGCACCUGACCUUUGGACUGGUGGGCACGGUGAACAGUGGCCACGACAUGUCAGCUAUACCAAAUGUGACAGCCUUUCAGGAUCUGCUGUGUGAUCUGGAGAUCUGGCACAAUGCGCCGAAUGGUUUGCUGCGUUCGCUGCUGGAGCAUUUGCUGGAGUUGGUGGUGGAAUCGAAUGAAAAGAAGCAGAACAUCAAGAUUAUGCGCGAUCUGCAGCUGCUGGUCAAACUGUUGCACAUUAUAACACACAUUAAUGAUCAUUCCACGCGUGAAAUACUCUUCAAUCUGCUCGAGACGCUGCUCGGUGGCCAGCCCAGGCACACAGAUCUUCUGCUCUUCGGUCAGUAUGUGGCCGCCAAACUGCCGUGCAAGCAUUCCUGCAAGGGUGAACGGGCCGUUCUAUUGCCCAGCAUGAAGGCGCCGGCAGAGGAUCAGGAUGGAAUUGCUCAGAAUAUUUAUUUGCGCAAUCGUUGCUUAUCGCUGCUGCACGGUUUACUCUUCACGCCACGCAACACCGUUAAUUAUGUCAUCUGCGAUGACAUAUCCAAGACACUGGGCAUGGACUGGCUGCUGCUCUUCAUGCAGCCCCACGUUCACUUCACCACGGUCAUCAUAGCUGUGCGCAUUCUUGUCGUGGUCUGUGCCACUGAAACUUUCAUCGAGCGCUUCCGUGAGGCGACUCACAAUGGCGGCUAUUUACGCUUCACAGAGAUGGUCUCGCAGCGCAAGAUGCUCGGCCUUGGCGCCCAGCAACUGAAUACGCGUCCCAGCAACGGCACUGGCACCGUCAUUGUGGCCACGCCUCAAAAUAAGAUUCAGCAUUUGCCCACUCAGAUUGCGGGAGAAGUGCGCACGGCCGCAUUAAAUAUUCCGGGUUUCCAGAUGCUUGAAUGGCUGUUGCAACAUCAUUUGGACGUUCCCGAAUUGUAUUUCCUGGUGACCGCACUGAUCAUGGGCCAGCCGGUCAAAGUGCUGGCCACCGAGCAUACGAAAUUCGAUUUGGAUCGCGUCUGGUCUUUCCUCUGGGGUGCGCCAGUCUCAGCCAAUACGCAGCUGCCCAAGCUGAAUGUGUGCCCCGAGGGCGUCUGUGUGCUUCUGGCCAUGGUGCGUGCCAUUGUGCAUGGCGGGAAUUGUGCUACCUGGCUGCAUAGUCAUCCGGAGACGAUCAUCCAACUGUUGUUCAGUCUCUAUCAGAAUCUCAACGAUUUUACGCCCGUCAUGAUGGCUGGGGAUGUGAUUACCUCACUGGUUGCGGUGCUCUUUCCACAGGAUGCACGUUCCGCCGACUCGGAGCCCAAUAGUGGCGCCUCCACGCCCACCGAAAACACUGGCAGCAGCUUUGUGCUGCCACCGCCGGAAGAGCUGCACGCAGCCGUAGCAAAUCAACCGAAGAUUACCGUGCAUCCGGUGCGCAAGUGCAUCAUUGACUUUCUGCGCGUGAUUGUCGUGGACUCACUGGGUCUAAAUAUGCACGGCAAAGCAACGCCAGUCAUUGAUAUGGUGCUGGAUGCCGCACCGGAGACAGCGGAGCUGCCACAGCAAGUGCAAUACCAGACGCAGAUAAUUAUUGCUCUAAUGGAUCAUCUGCUCGCCGCCGAUGUGCUGGUGGGUGAGCAGGCGGCACUGCCACUGGUGCCGCUGCUGCAGAGCCACACGCAACACAUUGCACCCAAUGUCUUCUACUUGACGGCGCGCAUUGUGGACAAACUGUGGCAGGGUUGCCUCACCCGAAAUCCGCACGACAUAUUUGACUUUGUCAUUAAGCUUAUUGGACAGGCAAAGCGACGAUCUUCGUCACUGUCGUUGGAGCAACUGCAUCACUCGUUGAAUCGAAGCAUUCUAUUUCUACUGUCACGUCCCACCGACGAAUCCAUUGCCGAGCAGAUGAGCGUUUUGGAGGCGCUGCACAAGAUCAUUCAGCAUCGUCUACUCAUCUUUGGCGCUGGCAAUCACGAGCUAGAGUUCAUUGGCUGUCUCACCUAUUGUCUAAUGCAGCUCACGGCUGACAUGAAGAUCGUUCUGGAGCCGGCGACAACUCGCAACACAACCUGGCAUGUCAACCCACAAACGGAGACAAGCGAACCCAAGGAUGAGGAUCUCAAUCAGUUGCAGGGACGCAAUUUAAUUGUGGGCGCCGCCUUUCGCGUCUGGGAAGAGCUCUACGUGUGCAAAAAGCCUGCCAUUGAGGAGGUCUUCAAGAUAUCGCUUACCCCACCACCGGCCAACUCCAAGGCACCCGAUUUGCAGACGACACGCGAGCAGGUAAUGGAGCUGGCCUCCAAGCUAUGGUUCAAUUACGUCGAUGCCGAACGCAAGGCCUCCUAUCGCGUGCCGUGGGAGCUGCACAAUCAGAUACAAUCCAAGAUUCAGAAGGUGACCGGUGGUCUGACGCGUCUGGCCAGUCGCAGCAAGGUGAAGAAGGACGAACUGGUGCGUACCAAGUCAAAUAUGAGCCGGGAGUCGGCGUACGAGGCGACCGCAAUACAUGUGCAGCUGAUCAAGGAUCUGCUGGAGUUGCGCACGAAGCAAUACCAGCAAAUGUUGCAGCACACACAGCGCUACGUCUACCAGGAUUGGGUGCAAUCCGAAACGGAGCUAACACGCGAACGCGGCCUCUGGGGACCGGCGGGCUGUUGCACGCUGGACAAGUGGGUUAUGGACACCACUGAGGGACCGCAUCGCAUGCGCAAAAAGACGAUGCGCAAUGAGCUCUUCUAUCUGCACUAUCCGUACCGGCCGGAAUUGGAGCUGGCCGACAAUCGUCAGCUCAAGUACAAGGUGGCAUCCAGUUUGGAUAGCAAAGUCUACUUUCUGCAUGGCCAACAGCAGCCGCGAAUUCUCGCCGAAGCGGAGCAGCAUUCGAUGCAACAGCAAUCCUCACUGGAAGCCACGCAGCCACAUCGUCUGGAGCCAAGCAGUUCGACAUCAACACCACCGCCGCCAAUAUCACCCAAAUUGCUGGCGCAUGGUGCGCCUUACCCCCAGGAAUCUCUCGAUGGCAAUGCCCCCGAGGAUGAUGAAGAGGAGGAGGACACCUCGAUGACCAGCGACAAUGAGACGUUUCUGCGUUUACUUGAAGAACAGGAGAAGAUUGGUUUUAUGUUCCGCUGUGCGCGUGUUCAGGGCCUGGACACCUUUGAGGGUCUGCUGCUUUUUGGCAAGGAGCAUUGCUAUAUCGUUGAUGGUUUCACACUGCUAAAGAACCGAGAGAUUCGCGACAUUGAUACACUACCACCUGGCGCCUACGAGCCAAUCAUACCCAAUUCGGGCGGCCAGCAGUCGUCGACGUCGCGCGCAGUUAGCCACAAAUUGAGGCAGUGUUCGAAGUUUGCCUACGAGGAGAUACGCGAGGUGCACAAGCGACGCUAUCUACUCCAACCGAUUGCUCUGGAGAUCUUCUCCGAGGAUGGACGCAACUAUUUGCUUAGUUUUCCGCGUAAAGUGCGCAACAAGGUGAAUCAACGCUUCUUGGCACUGGCCACAGCAUUGAAUGACAAUGCGCAGCAGUCUGUGGCUGGACAGAAGCGAACGGCGAGUGUGGAGCAAACAUCGGGUCUGUUCAGCGGCCUGAUUGGUGAGACAUCGGUGACGCAACGCUGGGUUCGUGGCGAAAUCUCCAAUUUCCAGUACCUUAUGCAUUUGAAUACUCUUGCCGGCCGCAGCUACAACGAUCUCAUGCAGUAUCCGGUAUUUCCCUGGAUACUCGCUGAUUACGAUUCCGAGGAGCUGGACUUUACGAAUCCCAAAACAUUCCGUGACUUUUCGCGGCCAAUGGGCGCACAGUCGGAGGAGCGUCUGGAACAGUUUCAGAAACGUUUCAAAGAGUGGGACGAUCCACAUGGCGAAACUCCGCCCUAUCACUAUGGCACACAUUACAGCUCCGCUAUGAUUGUGUGCUCCUACCUGGUGCGUUUGGAGCCGUUCGCACAGCCGUUCCUGAAACUUCAGGGUGGUCACUUUGAUCUGGCGGAUCGCAUGUUCCACAGCAUCAAGGAGGCAUGGCUAUCGGCCUCCAAACUGAACAUGGCCGAUGUCAAGGAGCUGAUCCCCGAAUUCUUCUACUUGCCGGAGUUCCUUAGCAAUUUCAAUAACUUUGAUUUGGGCACCAAGCAAAAUGGUGAGACCUUGAAUCAUGUUAUUAUGCCACCGUGGGCCAAACAGGAUCCCCGGGAGUUUAUACGACUGCAUCGCAGUGCUUUGGAGUGCGAUCAUGUCAGUCAGCAUUUGCACUUGUGGAUUGACUUGAUAUUUGGCUGCAAGCAGCAGGGACCCGCCGCUUCGGAUGCCGUCAAUGUGUUCCAUCAUCUCUUCUACGAGGGCAAUGUGGAUAUUUACAACAUUGAUGAUCCACUGAAAAAGAAUGCCACCAUUGGCUUUAUCAACAACUUUGGGCAAAUACCGAAACAGCUGUUCAGGAAAGCGCAUCCAGCUAAGAAAAUGGGCAACGCACGUCACUCGGCACUGAUCGAUCCCACGGCACUGAUACAGGGCAACAGCACCGUGCUGCAAAGCGAUCGUCUGUUUUUCCACAAUCUCGACAAUCUGAAGCCCAGUCUGCAGCCCAUCAAGGAGCUCAAGGGGCCAGUUGGCCAAAUACUGCAGCCCGACAAAACAGUGUUUGCCGUGGAGCAGAACAAGGUGAUGAUGCCGCCAUCGUAUACCAAAUACAUUGCCUGGGGCUUUGCCGAUCACUCGCUGCGUGUCGGCCUCUACGACACCGAUCGCGCUUCGUUUGUGUCCGAGGCAGCGGCCCAGAAUUCCGGCGAGAUACUGACCUGCGCCUGUCCCAAUGCUAAAAUGAUUGUCACAGCCGGCACCAGUUCUGUGGUGACCAUCUGGAAAUUCGAUUCGAAUCGCAAGAGUCUCAGCGUGAGGCAUUCACUGCAUGGUCACACGGAUGCGGUCACCUGUCUGGCCGCCAGCGCUGCCUACAAUGUCAUUGUCUCUGGAUCUCGUGAUGGCACUGCAAUUGUCUGGGACAUGACACGUUUCACAUUCGUGCGUCAACUGCGAGGACAUGCGGGCGUUGUGGCUGCCGUGGCCAUCAAUGAGCUAACGGGUGAAAUAGCCACCUGCUCGGCGACUUGGUUACAUGUGUGGUCCAUCAACGGCGAUGCUCUGGCCAUGGUCAAUACAUGUGUGGGCAGCGCGGAUCGCAUGCAGCAGAUACUGUGCGUUGCUUUCUCUCAAAUACGCGAAUGGGAUCAACAAAAUGUGGUCAUGACGGGUUCCACGGAUGGCGUUGUGAGGAUGUGGUCACUGGAGCACACUCAAGUGCCCAUCGAUCGCAAGCUAAAGCGGGGCGUGGAAGUGAGCUCGCAGGAUAAGCCCGACUUAAUCGCAGUUGAUGAAUCGAAAGAUAAGGCGGACAAAAUGAAUUUAUUUAAACAAAUGAAGAGUCUCUCACAACCAGAACAAGAACAUGAUAUUGUGAAAUCAGCAUCGGAGAGCAGCAUUUCAGAGGCCUCGCAGCACAGCAACGAGUCGAACAAAUCCACCGAAGCUACUGUUAAAGUCGAGCCUUCAACCGAGCGUAGAAAAAGCUCCAUAACGGGCGCUAAAUCACUGCAUGAAAUGAAAUCGGCAACGGUAGAGGAGCCAAGCACCAGUUCAGAGCACAAGCCGAAUGAGGAAGAGCACAUCAUACGACCUAGUAAAUCGGAUACGAGCUUAACAGAUGGCUUUGUUUUGCUGGACAAUGAUAGAUAUCGUGGCGAACAGGCGCUUAAGAAAGGCUUCAAGUGGCAACGUCAAUUAAUGUUCAGAUCAAAGCUAACCAUGCAUACGGCCUAUGAUCGCAAAGAUAAUGCCGAACCGGCUAGCAUAACAGCGCUGACGGUAUCCAAAGAUCAUAAAAUACUAUAUGUGGGUGAUGCACGCGGUCGCAUUUUCUCUUGGAGUGUAACGGAGCAACCAGGUCGUGGUGUAGCCGAUCAUUGGCUCAAGGAUGAGGUCGCUGAUCAGUGUGUCAAGUGUCACGUGAAAUUUACGCUUUAUGAGCGCAAGCAUCAUUGCCGUAACUGCGGCCAGGUGUUUUGCAACAAGUGCAGUCGUUUCGAAUCGGAAAUAUCCCGUCUACGUAUUCUGAAGCCUGUUCGGGUAUGCCAGGCAUGUUACAGUCAGCUGCGCACGAAUUCGCUGGACAAUUAAAGGCAACUGAAUGAACUACAGUCGUAUGCGAUGUGUACCUAUGAUAAGACAACAAAUAUAAUAACUGCGUUCACUUUCUAUAAACUCAACCGUAUCUGUUAAAAGACGUUAGGGGUAUUCAAACGAAACUACUUAUUUAUUUAAUGUAUAAUUGCAUAUUUAUUUAUACUAUUUAUAACCAAAAACAAAAAUGUGUUGCGCAAGGAACAUCAAAAGGCUGUUAUUAUAUGAUUUUUUUGAUUAAUAUUUUAUUUAGUAAAAACAUGUUGCAAUAU